GUUGUCCGAAAUAAAUUGUUUAAACAUUCGGAACCGACUUAACCCUCGCGUUUGAAAAAGCCCGCAAAGCGUACGCGGCGAAAAGUAGCGCGGCCGCCGAGCGCGAAUUUCUGGAGAAUUGUGCGGUUUUCGGUGGCGGUUUCUCAGAAAGUGGGUAAUUGGCGUCCGUGGCUGGGAAUUAAUCGGCUGGUGGGCAUUUAUUCGGUUAUAUUUAGCAAAAUCGGCGGCGGUGUAGCAACCGCCUUCUUGUGCGCGUGCGCGCUGCUUACAUUGCCGGUAGAUCAACGUCCGCUCCAGACCUCCAAAGAGAACAAACAGCACAGUCGUUUUUAUAUCGUACGUCUGGCAGUUGAAUAUUGUGUUAAUUACCGUACCUCUUAACUAAUUCAAAAUGGCGUCAGGGGUAACAGUUUCUGAUGCGUGCAAGACAACGUACGAAGAAAUAAAGAAAGACAAGAAACACCGCUAUGUAAUUUUUUUUAUUAAGGAUGAGAAACAGAUUGAUGUGGAGGUCAUAGGUGCGCGUGAUGAGGAAUACGACCAGUUCCUUCAAAACUUACAAGCGGGAGGUGCCGGAGAGUGCCGUUACGGCCUUUACGAUUUUGAAUAUAUGCAUCAAUGUCAAGGCACUUCAGAAUCUUCCAAGAAACAGAAGCUGUUCUUAAUGUCCUGGUGCCCGGAUACCGCCAAAGUUAAGAAGAAGAUGUUGUAUUCCAGCUCAUUCGAUGCUCUCAAAAAAUCGCUGGUAGGUGUACAGAAGUACAUUCAAGCGACGGACUUGUCUGAAGCUAGCCAGGAGGCUGUGGAGGAGAAGCUCAGAGCCACUGACCGUCAGUAACCUGUUGCUAUUCUCCCUAAGUUACGACUGUCUGUCUACUCAACGCACCGACCUACCAAGGUGUAUUAUUUAUAUAAGUAUUUGAAUAUUUAAUAAAGCUUCAUUUUUAAAUUGUA